AUGAAUGACAACAAUAAUCAAGAAGAGGUUUCUACUCAUUCGGAGAUCACUGAAACAACAACCGUUCAUCCACAAGUAGUGGACCAUUCUUCAUCUGACAAGGCUGAAAUAACGGUUAAAGCAAAUAUUCCGAAUCGGACUGAAGAAGAAGUGUUAAAUGAUUCACAACUUUAUCAUAAGGAGGACAAAAAAUCUGCCAUUCCCGAUCAAUAUUUAAAAUUAUUAUUGAAUCAUGAUCAAACGAAUGAUGAUAUAUCAAAGAAUAUUCAAGACUUUUCUUUAAAGAAACACGAAAAAAUAUUAGAUGAAUUAUUUUCCAAAUAUAACACACUGAAAUAUAUAAUUGAUAAACAUGCAAAUGAAUGUGACAGUAGUGUUAAAUAUUUUCAGUUUCAAACCACAUCGAAUAGAGACAACAAAUUGACCACAUUUCAUCACAUUACAAGUCGAGGAAAACAAGGCAUAUGUGGAGCCAAUGGGAAAAGUGGAAAAGAUGGCCGAUUUGGAUCAAAUGGCAAAACGGGUGUUAUUGCAGGAUUUAAAGAUAUGACCGAAAGAGAAUUCAUAGAUCGAAGACGAUUGAAUGGAUGUGACGGAGAAGAUGGUUCACCAGGAGAAGAUGGAGGAAAUGGUUCCCAUGGAGAAGAUGCCUCUGACAUUUAUCUGAAAGUUUCUCUUGUGGAUGACAAUGUAUUGAAAAUUAGUGGAAGCAUUGAAAUCGAAAUCAAUAACAGUAUGGGACAGUCGUUAGUGUUAGUGGAUUCACGAGGUGGAGAUGGAGGACGUGGAGGUAAUGGUGGACAUGGAGGCAAUGGAGGUAAUGGAGGAAGUGGAGCAAACAACGAAAAUGGAAGGGGAGGAGAUGGUGGCAAUGGUGGAAAAGGAGCUAAUUCUGGAAGAGGUGGAAAUGGAGGAAAUAGUGGGAAAGGUGGAAAUAUAAUUAUUGAAUCCAGUAACAGUGAAUGUUUUAUAUUAUUUAAAGCUCUGACAAGUUGUGGAAAGCAAGGAGAAGCAGGUUUUAAUGGAAGACCAGGUAUUGGUGGAUUUGGAGGUAAUGCUGGAUGUGGACGAUUGAAUGACCAGAUAUACAAUGGAAAGAACGGCAUUUCUGGAGCUGAUGGCACGUCGCCUCCUCUAUCGAAAAAUGGUGCUCCUAACUCUAGUGGAAAUCAUUUAUUUAUUGUAACAGAUAAGAAUGGCAAUGUGGUCGAAUAUAGUGAUGAAAUAUUUAACAUUGUAGUGAAGGACUUCUCGGUUUAUGCAAUUGUUGAUGAUGGCAUCUUCUCACCAGGAGAACCUUGUUACUUGUCAGAUAUAAUUAUUGAAAACAACGGAAAGCUCACUCUUCCCUCCAUGAAAGCCAAACUCUCAUUUCCAAGCAUUUCUUCACAAGAGGUAUUUUUGCCACGCCUUCAACCUGGAGAGAAAGCGACCAUACGUGACAAAUUUAAUUUCAAAAUUAGUUCAGAAUCAGUCAUGACAAUUAGCUCACAAGUUACCGUGAUGGGAGUAAGACUCUCAAAGGAUGGAUGUUUAGAAAAAUCAAUCCCUUGCGGAUUACCAAUCGUUUUGAACAACCUUGAAUAUCCAAAUGUUCUUGGAAGAACACAACCAUGCACGUGUAGAGUUGAUGUGAGAAAUGUGAGCAUUACAAAUUUCAGUCAAAAGAAGAAAAGAUUAGCCAAGAUCAAAGUUUCCAUGAUUGACCAACAUUUAAAGACACGAAUUGUUCGAUCGAUUGCUACUACUGUCGAACCAUUCAGAGAUCAUUUUGAAGAAUCUCUCGAUUUAGACCCUGGCGACACACAGGAUGUGACUUUUGAAAUUGCCGUCGAUGAAAAAGCAUCAUUCUUUGUCGACAAAUUUUGGAAAAUUGAACUUUACGUCUUAUAUGAAAAUGAGAACGAGUAUUGUCUCAUUCAUUCUCGAUCUAACACAAUUCAAAUUAUUCCUCACUACAUUGAGUCAGGAUCUAAUGAAUUUGAUUUACUCUUUGUCAUGCAUCCUGCUUUGAGAAAGAAUGAAUUUUUGAAAUAUCAAAGCAUUAUAGAUGGACUAGGAUUGAACUGCAAUUAUUGGGACAUUUCUAAACAAAAUGGUUUUAGUAGAGUGAAUGGAACAAACGAAAAGCAAUCCAGCAAAUGGCUGAAAGCAUUCUCUGGAAAGGUCAUUAUGUUUCCGUUGGUAUCGGCAGCCAAUGAGGAAAAUUCACACAAAUCUCGACACAAAUCCACCACUUCCUUCUCUGAAAUUGAAAAUGAUUUUAUUCUCGUAUCACAAGAGAACGAUCUGAUUCGUGGAUCAAUCGACGUGGAUUCACAACGGCCACAAAGUUCACGCCGUUCAGGUGAAACCUCAUCACCAAUUGUUGAUCAAAAACAAGAGGAACAAGAACAAAAAUUGAAACAGCAAGAAAAUCUAUGUGAAGAACUUUUUAGUUUUAUUGACACACAAGAUAUCAUUUCACAUAUUAGUAAUGGCGACUCUGGGUUUAUUGUUGUGAAUGGACCAGAAUCGAGUAUGAUCAUUAAUCAUUUAUUUUCAUGUGCUACUCAGAUAGAAAUUGAUGAGAAAUCGCUCUCGUAUGGAUUGAGUGUAUUUUCUUCUCCAACUGAAGAGGCCUUUUUGAAAAAGUGUAACGAUUUUAUUUCCAAAUUACGAGAACAACAUCCAAGCAAACUGUUUAGAUUGAAUCGUGCUAAUUUCAAUGUACAGAAAAAGGGAUUUUCUAAAACCAAACUUGGAGAAGCUAGUUAUCUUUCUCUUGCACCGAUGAGCUGCAUUGACAGAUUGUAUAUUUUACCACAUUUUGGAAAUCUCGAAGAUGAAAAGAUUCACAUUCACAAAACAGUCACAUUCUACACAAACUCCAAAUUCUUUUCAAUUUUCUUCACCUUACUCUGUUCAUUGUCGAUACAGAGAAAAUUACAAAUAUUAACGGAGAGUUAUAGUGGUACAAUCCUAUGUCAUGCUGAAAAUUGGACGUUCAGAUACCAUGAAGAUCAGAGAGAAGAAUAUAGACUGUAUGAUUUAUUGACUUCUGCUCUAUUCUAUGAUCUUAUUCAAGAAUUUUUCUUCAAGGAUUUGGGUUUGAAUCGACUACAUGAAAUGGUAAAAGUUGUUUCCAAUAAUUUACUCGACUUUGCUUUUCAAGACAGCAUUUAUAUGCUGUGGAACAUUAUUCAGCGAUUGGAACGAGCCAAACUCUGGAAAUCCUCAGCAUGGAGCAAAUUGCAAAAUCUUGUUGGAAAGCGCACAGAACUCAUGAAUGUGAAAAAAGGCAUGCAUACUCUUUUGUUUGAAGGCAAAAUGGAACAAAAUGUGAAUCACUUGUUGGAAAUUAAGCAAGAUGCUGAGACCUUUGGUGACCAACUUCGAAUUUUCUUGAAAGAAAACAUUUUCUUUCAGCCUUUGCUCUCUGACGAAUUGAAAAAAUGUUUCAUGGAAGAGUUUAAAGGACACGAAGACCAUCCAUGA